AUGGCCCGAGUAUUUCGAAGGCCCGCUUCGGCCCUUGCCAGGCGUGCUUCAAGUAGGGCUGCUCAAAGGGCCGCUCGGAAGCAUAAGGUGAUCAUGGAGUCCGUUACACAAGAGAAGAAAAAACUUCGGAGUGUUGUAUGUUGUAUCAUAUCUUUUGAAGCAAAGGCCCCUCCUGGUUAUACCUUCAUUCCCGCAGGCAACCCUCAGCUCACCUCUGCAUGCAAGGAAGUAUGCCGGAAAGAUGGUCUCAAGGUUUUUGCUGUCACGGUAGGCCAAUAG